UCAGCUUAUUAGCGACCGCAAUUAGCGACGGAACCUAGUUCCGUCGCUAAACUGAUGAAUUACCGACGGCCUUGGCGACGGAUAGUAAAUCCGUCGCCAAUUCUCCAAAACACCAUGGCGGGAGCUGACCCGCCAAUUUUGCAGACUGAAAUUAGCGACGGAUUGUACUAUCCGUCGCUAAACUUCCAAUAAUAUUUGGCGGGAGCAAACCCGCCAAAUUUACAUGUUGAAAUUAGCGACGGAUUACAAAAAUCCGUCGCCAAUUUCAUGGUGCUGUUGAAACGCAUCGUUUUAGGGAUGUAUUUAGCGACGGAUUGUAAUCCGUCGCUAAAUAUAACCCUUGAAACGAUGCGUUUCAUUUUUCUUUCUCCUCCCUUACUUUUCUUUUCCCCUAAUUUUUUCUUUUCUCUACUUCCCGCCGCCGGUCACCUUCUUCCACCAUCCAAUCCUCCUUCGCCGCCGCCGGUCACCUAUCGCUGCCGCCAUCCAAUCCUCCUUCGCCGCCGCUGUUCUUAUUUCUCCGCCUCCUUAUCCGUGCCGUUGUUGCCGCCGCCCGUCGAGUUCAGACCAGCCUUUGCUGCCGCCGCCGUCCACUUUCUUCCACCUGCCGUUGCCGGUCCAGCCUCCCACCGUCGCCACCGCUGCCGCCGCCGUCGCCACCGCUGCCGCUGCCGUCUUCAGUUCCGCUGCCGGUCCAGGAUUUUGGCGCUGAUAGCCGUAGACUGUUUUCGCACUAAACCGACCGUUCUCAUAAGUCCUCUAAUUUGCGGUUCUGCUCUUCAACAAAAAUGAAUCCAGACCGCAGUUGGAUGUAUACGAGACAUGACAGAGGCUUCCUGCCGCCUGAUUUUUUCCCUAAUCUUGAAGAGUUCGUGAAUUUUGCUGUACAACAUCCCGAGUGUAUGAGUGGGGAAGAGAUAAAAUGCCCAUGUUCUAGGACAAAAUGUAGAAAUACAAAUUUUCGAGAUGUCGAAGUUGUGAAACUACAUGUCUUGCAGUCUGGGUUUGUUCCAGAUUACUAUGUCUGGAUUCACCACGGUGAGGUGAAUGUCCCUCCUGUAGUUCAGCAGCCGGCUAAUGAAUACGAUUACUAUAAUGAGGGAGGGGGAGAUUUAAACUAUGGCCAGAGAAUGGUUAUUGAUGCUGCUGGUCCCGAAGUUUUUGAGGAAGAGACCCCGAAUGACGAAGCUCGGAAGUUUUUUGAUAUGAUGAGUGCGGCAGAAGAAGAAAUAUGGCCCGGAAAUAGCAAACACUCACCCCUGUCCGCAUCUGUUGAAAUUUUGGAUAUUAAGUGUCGACAUCAGGGGUCGAUAUCUUUGAUUGAUGACACCUGCCGUUUAUUACAAGAACUGCUUCCAGAGAACAACAAAAUGCCGAAAAAUUUUGCAAAUAUCAAGAAGCUGGUGAAAGGUCUCGGGUUGCCGGUCGAGGUUAUUGAUUGCUGUUUCCACAACUGUAUGAUUUACUGGGGGGCGGACGAGGAUUUAACCCACUGUAAAGUUUGCACAUUUCCUCGGUGGAAACCUGUAACGAAAAGCAAUUCGGCCAAAAGAAGGGCUAACGUUCCGUACAAAAAAAUGUUUUAUUUCCCUUUAACUCCGAGGCUGCAAAGAUUGUACGCUUCCAAAGCCACAGCUAAACAUAUGACAUGGCACGCUGAACAUGAAAUGGAAGACGAGAAGAUGUGUCAUCCUUCUGACUCUCCGGCUUGGAAACGGUUCAGUGAGUUGCAUACAGAUUUUGCUGACGAAACAAGAAAUAUCAGGCUAGGCUUAUGUACUGACGGGUUUCAACCAUUUGGUAGUUUUGGGAAAAAUUAUUCUUCCUGGCCAGUUAUUGUGACGCCGUAUAAUCUGCCUCCUGGCAUGUGCAUGAAGGAUGAGUUUAUGUUUCUAACAAUACUUGUCCCGGGACCCGGUAAUCCAAAAAACCAUAUGGAUAUUUUCCUGCAGCCAUUAAUAGCGGAGUUGAAUCAGUUGUGGGAAUCUGGAAUCCGGACAUAUGACAUUCAAAAACGGCAGAAUUUUCAAAUGAGGGCGGCGCUUAUGUGGACAAUUAAUGACUUUCCCGCUUAUUCAAUGUUGUCCGGUUGGAGCACAUCAGGAAGAUUGGCAUGUCCGCAUUGUAUGAAAAAUACUGAGGCUUUCACGUUGCCCGAGAGUGGAAAACAAUCGUGGUUUGAUUGCCACAGAAAGUUUUUACCUACAGGUCACCAUUUCCGUCGGAAUGUUACCGAAUUCCGAAAAGGCAAACAAGUUAGACAUCAAUUUGGAGGUGUGAGGACUGGAGAUGAAGUGUUAGCAGAGGUGGACGGUUUGGGGUUUAAGAGGGCCUAUGAGAAUGAUGCUAAGGCUACGAAUGAUGAACUAUCUAAAGGCCGUGGUUGGAACCGAAAAAGUAUAUUUUGGGAUUUACCGUAUUGGAGGACAAAUGUGAUCCGGCAUAAUCUCGAUGUCAUGCAUAUUGAGAAAAAUGUAUUUGACAACGUUUUCAAUACCGUGCUCAAUGUACCUGGUAAGACGAAAGAUACGGCAAAAUCUCGGGCAGAGUUGAAUAAAAUUUGUGAUCGUCCUGGCCUGGCACAAGAUGAGGAAACUGGUAGAUAUCCAAAGGCUUUGUAUGCUUUGGACAGAGAUUUAAAAAAGAUUUUGUUAGAAUGGAUUCAAAAGUUAAAGUUUCCAGAUGGUUACGUGUCCAACUUGUCUAGGUGCGUUGAUUUAAACAGUUUAAAGAUGAUGGGCAUGAAAAGUCAUGAUUGUCAUGUCUUCAUGCAACGACUUUUGCCAAUUGCUCUUCGGGAGCUUCUUCCGGCAGAAGUGUGGGAGCCUUUAACAGAGUUGAGUAUAUUCUUCAGAGAGUUAACCGCCACAUCGCUGAAAAAGGCAGAUCUUCAGAGAUUAGAGCUUGAUAUCCCGAAGAUACUGUGCAAGUUGGAACGUAUAUUUCCGCCGAGUUUUUUUGAUUCGAUGGAACAUCUCCCCGUACACCUUCCAUACGAAGCUAUGAUGGCAGGACCUGUUCAGUAUCGUUGGAUGUAUCCGUUUGAAAGAUACCUGAGAAAACUCAAAAAUAAGGUUUCGAAUAAAGGCAGAGUGGAAGGAAGCAUUAGCAGCGGAUAUCUACUGGAGGAAACAGCAAAAUUUGCAUCUUUUUAUUUCAAGGAUGGUGAUCCGAUGGUACCAUGUCGGAUGCAAAGAAAUGAAGUUUGCGAAAUGGACGUUGAUGAUGAUUUCGACAGAUUAAAUAUUUUCAAACCAAAAGGGCGACCUGUAGGUGCUUGUCGGAACAGAUAUCUGGAUGAUGAUGAAUAUGUUGCUGCCCGAAGCUACAUCCUUUUGAAUUGCCCUGAAAUCGAACCUUACAGAGAAGUUUUUGAAGGUGAGUUGUAUGAAUUCAACCCCGAAAUUACACAGACCGAAGUUGUAGUCAAAUUGGAGAGGGAAUUCGCCUUUUGGUUCGAGCAAUAUGUGAAAGACCCAACUGUCAGUACCAAUCCCUAUAUUCUAAGUCUUGCAAAGGGACCGCUUAGAUCGGUCAAAACAUUCAAGGGGUACUGUGUGAACGGGUUUAAAUUCAAUACUGAAGAAUAUGGGGAGGAUCGGGUCACAAUGAAUAGCGGAGUCUGUGUAAAAGGAUCACUCUACGGCCCAGCUGAAAGCGACUUUUAUGGAGUGUUGACUGACAUUAUUGAGUUAGAGUAUCCAGCUCUACCAAUAAAGAGGACGGUUUUAUUUAAAUGUAAUUGGUUUGAUCCUACAAAAACGGUUGGUAUGUUAGUCCAUCCUCGGUAUAACAUAGUGGAUGUUAAUCACAGAAGGAGAUACAACAAAUAUGAACCUUUCAUUUUAGCUGAACAGUCCGACCAAGUACAUUACUUACCUUAUCCUAGCAAAAAGCGGGACAAGAAAGAUUGGUGGGCAGUAUGCAAGAUAAAAGCUCGCUCUGAGCUAGACAUGCCUGAAACAACUGUUCCAGCUUUCCAAGAUGAUAGUGCAGAACAUCCGCUCGAUGUCAUAACGAAUGACGACCCGGCAAAUUUAGUUGAUCCGAAUGGCGAGGCGGACGAGGCUGCAUUACACAACCCUCCAAUAGUAGAGACGGAAGAUGAUUAUCCACCAUCCUCAUCAGACGAUGAUGACAUUGGAGCGGAAGAUGAUAUAGAAAUUGCAUGAUUUGUUUUAAUGUUAUUUCUGUAGAAUUUUGACUUUUAUUUACGUUUGUUGAUGUAGUAACUUUAUUUUGGUAAAAAAUUAUGUGUUAUGGUUUUUAUAAUAGAUGUGAUUAUUUUUUUCUUGUCGAAUAUUGUUUUGUAAUUUGUU